AUGGGUGCCUUUUCCAAACGCAAGCUGAGCAACGCUCACCUCCCCGAGGACGAGCGCCCUCAGGUCGAGCUCGCCCAGAACCAGAGCAUCACCCCCGAUGAACAAAAAGUCACCGCCCUGGCCGUGUCCGCCGGCUUCACGGCCAGUCUCGGCGGCCUCAUCUUUGGCUACGUCAGUGGCGAAAUCUCCGGCUUCUUCCCCAUGGCCAACUACGCCGAGCGAUUCGGCGAGCUCAGCGCCGCCGGCACCUACGAGUUCAGCGCCGCCCGCCAGGGCACCAUCGUCGGGCUUGUCAGCAUCGGCGCCCUCAUCGGCGCCCUCGUCGCCGGCAAGAUGGCGGAUCUGCUCGGCCGGCGGCUCGCCAUCUCGCUCGCGGCCUUCUUCACGUGCGUCGGCACCGUCAUCGAGAUCUCGUCGACGACGCACUGGGUCCAGUUCGCCGUCGGCCGCCUCGUGACGGGGCUGAGCAUCGGCGCCCUCUCCGUCGUCGUGCCCAUGUACCAGUCCGAGUGCUCGCCCGCCCCCAUCCGCGGCGUCAUUGUCUCGUCGUACCAGCUCUUCAUCACCUUUGGCAUCUGGCUCGCCGAGAUUGUCAACUUUGGCACCCAGGCCAUGGACAGCAGCGCCUCGUGGCGCAUCCCCAACGGCCUCUCCUUUGCCUGGGCCCUCGUCCUCGGCACCCUCAUCCUCUUCUUCCCCGAGUCCCCCCGCUGGGCCUACGGCCACGGCCGCACCACCGAGGCCCGCGCCACCAUUGCCCGCCUGACGGGCCUGCCCGAGAACUCGGCCACGGUCGCGCAGCAGAUUGACGACCUCCAGAACAAGAUCGAUGAGGAGAGCAAGCUGGCCCACGAGUUUAGCAUCUCGGAAAUCUUUACCGGCCCCCGCAUGCUGCACCGCACCCUGCUGGGCAUCGCUCUCGGUACAGGCCAGCAGCUCGUCGGCGUCAACUACUUCUUCUACUUUGGAACAACCGUGUUCAAGUCCACCGGUCUCGACAACAGCUACGUCACGCAGCUUAUCCUCGGAUCGGUCAAUGUGGCGGCCACGAUUGUAUCGCUGUGGGUUGUGCGAAAGUAUGGACGACGACCGAUUCUCAUGUGCGGCGCGGCCUCGAUGAUGGUGUGCUUUUUAAUCUACGCCUUUGUCGGGCACUUUGCUGUCGAUAUCGAACAUCCCGAAAACAGCCACACAGCGGGCAGCGUCUUGAUUGUCUUUUCCUGUCUUUCCAUUGUCGCCUUUGCCGUCUCCUGGGGCCCCGUCGUCUGGGCCGUCAACUCGGAACUGUAUCCUCUGCGCUACCGCAGCGUCUGCAUGGGUCUCGCCACGGCCGCCAACUGGUUCUGGAACUUUAUGCUGUCCUUCUUCACCCGCUUCAUCACGGACGAGAUUGACUACCUCUACGGCCUCGUCUUUGCCGGCUGCUGCGGUGCCCUGGUCGUCAUUGUCUUCUUCCUUGUCAUUGAGUCCAAGGACCGCACCCUCGAAGAAGUAGACAUGAUGUAUAUCCAACACGUUAACCCCAUUACCUCUGCCAAGUGGAAACAUGGCGACGCCCAUGACAAGGAGGCGGGCCACAGCACUGCCGUCGACGCUUCUCCCAGCCCUUAA